UCAGCUUAUCGGUGAUCAACUGGAGAUCUGGGAUAUCCUUUCAGUUUCUUUUUAAUUUGAUUGAAAAUGGCGCUGCAGGCUUUGCCAUUCUACACUAUUCUCAUAUUUAGGUAGAUAUUUCUCCACGGUUCUUCCCAUUUGUGCCUCUGUCUGAGAAUAACGUCUUUCUGCAGAAUCAAAUUUUUACAGGACAAGGGUGUCAAAAAAACUUCUCAGGAGGAUUAGGCCAAUUGUUUCAUCCGCUGUAAAUGCAAUGAAGAAACAAAGCGGAUUGUUGAAGCGAACUAUUGUUUCAAAGGAGCCAUUUUUGAAAAAUGAUGGUCAUUCUGGCAACUACUUGAUGAAGCCGAAGGGAGUGGCUGGUCAUGGCUGCGAGAGUCGCUAUAUCAAGAGUAAAGGAGACUGUUCCAGAUUUUCUUGUGAAACCAGGAGCCAUGAUAGCUUUGGAGAUCAUGCCAAAAGAUCAACGCAGGACACGCUCACAGAUACUCCUAAUUUUUUAGGCGAUCAGCGUAUUCAACAUCCUGUUGCACAAGAUCCGUUGUUUCAUAAAUCAAAUUUUUCACCAAAACCGCCUUGCUGUUUCUGUCAAAAUUUAAAGUCUCUACAAAUCAAGACAGCUAAUACUCCUUUGAUUUCUUCCCAGAAUUUUAGGAGUACCCAUUUCAUUGACAGUGAAAUGAUGCCGUGUAACUGCCAUGAACAACCGAUGUUAUGGUCUAGCAGGCAUUAUAGGUAUAGAAAUUCAAAUACAUUGACAGAAGAUUGGUUUGAUAAUCAUUCGAUCCCUCAAUAUACUCAAAAAGCAUCAAAUCUAUUAUCAGAUAAGAAAUAUGUCUCUCAGCCUUCUGAAAACACUAGAAGGGUUUUAAAUGCUGCAUGCAGUUGCUUAUAUUGCAAUGAAAACUGUGAAAAAGGACUCAGCACACAGAUGUCAAAUGACGAUUAUAAAUCAAAGAAGAAAAGAUGUUUACGGUGUGGAGUAUGCCUAAAGAGUGAUUUAUAGUUUCCUGCUUAGUCAUUUGAUGAAUUUCUUCACUUGGUUGUAUUGUUCUCCAGUCAUAAUUUUUGGAAAUUACUUUUGCACAAAAUUUCCAAUAAAAGGAAUGAAAGUCUUUAAAAGAAGUCUCUAAUGGGGUAAACAUCAAACAGGUCUGAUUUUGUGACAUGAAGUUUGCACAAAGUUUCCAAUAAAUGUAAUGAAAGUCUAUAA